UCACCCUCCCUCCCUCCCGCCCCUACACACCCUUAACCCAUCGCAACCCCUUCCGCAGCUGGGAGAAAAGCCGACGACGGUCUGUUUUUCGAUAGAGAAACGGGGUACGAAAACGCAUCAUGAACGAACUCGAUAGUCUUCGCCAGGAGGCGGAGACGCUCAAGAAUGCGAUCAGGGAUGCUAGGAAGGCGGCAUGCGACACAAGUCUUUCCCAGGCGACGUCGGGCAUGGAACCAAUUGGGCGGAUACAGAUGCGAACGAGACGCACACUUCGUGGUCACUUGGCAAAGAUUUACGCUAUGCACUGGGGCAGCGACUCCAGUAGGAACCUAGUAUCUGCGUCCCAGGAUGGCAAACUGAUCGUCUGGGACAGCUACACGACCAACAAGGUCCACGCCAUACCGCUCCGCUCUUCGUGGGUAAUGACAUGCGCCUACGCACCGUCGGGCAGUUACGUCGCUUGCGGUGGCCUCGACAAUAUAUGCUCCAUUUAUAGUCUCAAAACAAGGGAAGGCAACGUCCGGGUAAGCAGAGAGCUGCCCGGUCACACUGGAUAUUUGUCGUGCUGCCGGUUCCUCGACGACAAUCAAAUCGUCACUAGCUCAGGCGAUAUGUCAUGCGCGUUGUGGGAUAUUGAGACUGGUCAACAGUGCACAUCGUUCAUCGGUCACACAGGUGACGUUAUGUCGCUGUCGCUUGCGCCGGACAUGCGCACAUUUGUAUCGGGUGCUUGCGACGCGAGCGCCAAGCUAUGGGACAUUCGCGAGGGUUCUUGCAAGCAGACUUUCCCGGGUCACGAGAGUGACAUUAACGCCGUUACGUUCUUCCCUAACGGCUACGCGUUCGCAACUGGUUCGGACGACGCUACGUGCAGACUGUUCGACAUAAGGGCGGACCAAGAACUUGCUAUGUACAGCCACGAUAAUAUUAUCUGCGGCAUAACUAGUGUGGCUUUUAGCAAGUCGGGCAGGCUCCUUCUAGCCGGUUACGAUGACUUCAAUUGCAACGUCUGGGACUCGAUGAAGAGCGAACGCGCCGGAAUCCUGGCUGGACACGACAACCGUGUAUCCUGUCUUGGCGUAACGGAGGACGGUAUGGCGGUGGCGACGGGCUCAUGGGACUCUUUCCUUCGCAUAUGGAACUAACUUGAGGCUUCUUUCAAGCCGAAGACGUUGAUUCAAAGAACCAAACGCACCAGCCAAUCCGCAUACAGCAUCAGUAUCAAGUACCACCACUUGACCAACGGCGAUCAGUACGGCUACGAUCUUUCUCAAGAUCAAGAUAGUCGGUAUCAGGAUCGCGAUGACGAUCGGGACAAGUUCGCGGUAUCAGCUACUAAUACUAAUAAUACUAUUACCGCUGUUACUACUACUACUACUACUACUACUGCUACUAUUACUACUACUACUACUACUAUUACUAUUACCACUACUGCUAUUACUACUACUACUACCACUACUCCUACCACGACGACGCAUAAUGAUGAUAAUAAUGAAAAAAAAUUUAAAGACGAUACAAAAAAAUUGGUACAUUAUCAGCUAGAUAUGAAUGAAACUUCUACUACUACUUCUACUACUACUAAUACUAAUACUAAUACUAAUACUAAUACUUAUACUUCCACUGCUAACUCUAUAUUCCACAAUAAACCGGAGUUGAAGUUGAUCAGGAACUUGGGACAUCGUCAAAGUAUUAAAUGUAAUAGUAAGAACGAUAAUUUUGGUUGUGGUGGUAAAGAUAAUUGUAUUGUGCGGAAACGACAUGAACAACAAGAACAUCAACAACAUCAAGAACAAGAAGAACAAGAAAUACGAGAACAACCUAGUAGCCUAGUCGUCGAUUUUAAAUUGCGUAGAUAUAUUAACAACGCCAGAGUUAUUACAAAUGACGCCAAGGUAAACCACGAGUACCAACGUUUCUAGUUUAUAUUAUAUAGUUUAAAAAUAUGGGGAAAGAGGAGUUGAAAAAUGAACAAAAGCUGCCGACCCCCUUUUCUUACUUUCCCAUAUGGAACUUGAAGAAGACCAUAGGAGAAUUGAUAUAGUAGACAGGUCUGAAAAUUGACUUGACGUUGAAAAGAAAAGAAGAGGAAAUUCCCUUUCCCAGUCUCUUUGUGUAAUGGAAAAAGUAAUCUCGAGAAACCAAGUGAAAAGAAUGAAUAAAUUAAAUGAAACACACGGUAUCCUCCCUCGCAUAAAUCCGCCAUGCACCUUGUCCCAACAUUAAAAGCAACACAUGAUAUGAAAAUUUAUAAUUAUUAAUUAUUAUAUAUACGUACGUAUCGAUAAAACGACGAUUUGUCUCUCAUUGUCGAUGUUAAUCAUUUGUCACAGAAGUCGUCCCACAUCCUCUGCCCUUUUUCCUCUGUUCCCGUUCCUCCGAAGGGUUGGAAAUCAUUCAAGCAUACGCAAGCGUGAAAGAAUAAGAGGAAAAAAAAAUUCCAACUUUAUAUCUUGAAAAUCACGGUGUUGUGGGUCGAUAAUUCGAUAAUAUACGCCAGAGAAGAGAAAAAGAAAAUACUUGAACGUCACAAAUAAAAUUAAGUAUAGAGGAGGAAGUAAAAGAAGGAAAAACGAUGGGGAAUAACGGUUUAAAGAGGAAAAAUAAACGGAUGGUAGAACGAAGAUAAUAUUUAGACCAAUUGCUGCCGCGAAUUAUGCGAUAAUUUUUCCUUGUGUCAAUUCGUUUGGUGUAUUUUUUUUUUUUUUUUUUUUUUUUUUUAACUCUUUUCUUAUUCAGUGAGAAGCAAGAUAGAGGGAGAGAGAAAAAGGAAGAGAAGUUGAUUAGGAAAUUGUUAGGCUCGGGAAAUCACGGGAAUCAGGAAAUUUCUAACAUGCAGAAUUAUUAUACGGGAAUCGCGUGAUAUUUUAGAAUUUGAAAUUUGUUUUAUAUUGACUGUGAGAAGAUCUCUACAUUUUUUUUCUCCACUCUCGCGUGCAUCGUACGCAGAGAAUGCUGAGAAAUAGAAAUGAGAAAAAUUGCGAUAUGUGGGACGGAGAAAAAUUGAUGGAUGAUUAUCAAAGACAAAGGCGAUGAUGAGAGUGAGGAGAAAAACGUGUAAGAUGCGAAAUUGUUGCUAAUAUCCAAAAAUAACAAGAAUAUGUUUAAGAAAAAAGAGUGAACGUUGAGCCCUGGAAAGGUAUCUGAUAUGUACGAGUUAUUCUUUAUAUCUGCACAUGUAUUUAACUUACACGCGGUAAAUUUUUACGGACGCACAAAUUACGGGCACACUGGCGCACACGUUUCAAUGAAAACGCUAAUGUGAAAGAAGAAGACAAUGAUGAUUGAGAAUAAGAAAAACUAAUAAAUGGAAAGGAUAGAAAGAAAACACAAUUAUUUAUAAGAUAAUUAAAUCAAACACACACUUAUACAUGAAACAAAAAGCGGAGAAAAACAACAAAAACAACUACAAAUAGUAAAGUAAUAAAUGAAAAAAAACCGCGGCACAAAAUGAAUAGCUCAAUGGCGUUUGUGGUACAAGAAGAUAUAAAACAAAAGG